AUGAAGUUAAAAAUCCUCGUUGCCUUCGGCUGUUUGGUAGCCGGUAUGACUACAGAUACCUCUGAGGAUUCCAGUGUAUCAGACCAGCUUCUCCCUACGCCAAAGCCCAAUUUUCUCUUCAUCAUGACCGAUGACCAAGAUCUGAAAUUAGACUCGCUCUCCUACACGCCAUUGACUAUGAAGCAUAUGGCACAGAAAGGCACAACCUUCGCCAAUCACUUCGUUACUACCGCUCUGUGCUGUCCGUCUCGUGUCAGUUUGCUCACUGGACGUCAGGCACAUAAUACUAACGUAACCGACGUCCACCCACCCUGGGGAGGAUAUCCCAAGUUUAUUGAGCGUGGGUUCAAUGAGAACUAUCUUCCCGUCUGGAUGCAACAGGCGGGCUAUGAUACUUACUACACUGGAAAGUUGAUGAACGGUCAUUCUCUUGAGAAUUACAACAGCCCGUACCCUGCAGGUUUCAACGGUUCAGACUUUGUUCUAGACCCUUACACCUAUGACUAUAUGAAUGCCACGUACCAGAGGAAUCACGAAGCCCCCGAGAAUUAUCUGGGACGUCAUACCACCGAGGUUCUGCGCGAGAAGGCGAUGGGAUUCCUAGACGACGCAUUAGCUGGUGAACGACCUUUUUUCAUGACUGUGACACCCAUUGCUCCGCAUUCGAACAUGAAUGGAACGUAUGGAGGUGGCGCCGGUCCAAUGUGGAUGGACGAGCCCAUUCCUGAAGAACAUCAUAAACAUCUCUUCCCAGAUGCAAAAGUGCCCCGAACAGCAAACUUCAACCCCAAACAUCCAACUGGCGUGAGUUGGAUCCAAGAUCUUCCAUAUCGAAACCAGUCAGUGAUAGACUACAAUGACCAUUACUAUCGCCAGCGUCUUCGUGCUCUUCAAGGUGUCGACGAGCUAGUUGACAACCUCAUUACACGGCUUGAGAAAUCUGAAAAAAUCAACAACACCUUCAUUAUCUACACCUCGGACAAUGGUUUCCAUAUAUCUCAGCACCGGCUUCCUCCUGGAAAGACCUGUGGCUUUGAGGAAGAUAUCCGUGUUCCUUUCAUGAUGCGCGGACCUGGUAUCCCAGAGAACCAUGUGGAGGACUCGGUCACCACACAUAUUGACAUUGCACCCACGCUCUUCCAGCUCGCCGGACUUCAUCAGAGGUCUGACUUUGAUGGGACACCAAUGCCAACCUCCAAAACCAGUGGUGAUCUUCAUGAGCAUGUCGCAGUUGAAUAUUGGGGACAGGCAAUGCUCGAAGGUGGCUUGUCAAAUCUUGGGACCCCCACUGUACCCAACAACACCUACAAGGCUGUCCGUCUGCUUUCCACUGACUACAAUUUGUUUUACUCUGUGUGGUGUAAUAACGAGCAUGAGCUCUAUGACUUGACUGUGGACCCUUACCAGGUGGAUAAUCUCUGGAAGAGAGAUGCCCCAAAAGUGGAGAUUCUCGGACGCCCAAUACCAGAAGUAGUUCCAAGGUUGGAUGCUCUCCUUAUGGUGCUCAAGUCAUGCCGUGGCUCUGAAUGCAUCAAGCCCUGGAGUACUCUACACCCGGAUGGCUCCGUGGCGAGCCUCAAAGAUGCAUUAGAUCAUAAGUAUGAUCUUUUUUAUGAGUCCCAGCCAAAAGUCUCCUUUGGUCGCUGUGCCUAUGGCUAUGAGGUCGAUGCCGAAGGACCCCAGCAUGUUCUCGCUAUCAGAAAUGGGUACAGCUUGGAGGAUUGGAUUUAA